GUAACAUACACGAAUGGGGGCUGGGGUGCUCCUGUCUGUCUGGGGGAGGCUGGAACCCUUAUUUUGCAUGAGGACAGGCUGAUGCCCUGGGUUCCAAGAGAGACUGGACACUCCCUCCCAGGCUGGCAGACUCAUCGACCCUGACCACUGGCCUCCCGGGUUCUCACCUGGGUUGACAGGACUGGAGCCCCGGGGUCGAUCGGAGGCAGAAGUUACGGGGGGCAGCGGCGGCAGCAGCAGCAGGAACAGGAGCAAAAGCCGGGGCUCGGGGCCUGACGUAGCCAUGGCUAACAGCACGCUUAGGCUACACCCAGGCCCGCACCCGGGCUGAGCUGAGCGCCUGGAUUCCAACUCCCCGGGAAGAUUCUGGGAAAAGGGGAAGCCGAGCCCGCUGAGAGGAGGAGCUGUGCUCCGGACUCCGCCCUGGAAAAAAGGCGUAACCCGAGGCCACCGAAAACCCGAGAUGCAGACGGCGAGACAAGUUCGCUCCCAGGACCCUGGACAGCGGCGGGUGCUGGACCGGGCAGCCAGGCAGCGGCGGAUCAGUCGACAGCUGGAAGCAUUAGAGAAUGACAACUUCCAGGAUGACCCCCAUGCCGGCCUCCCGCAGCUGGGCAAGAGGCUACCUCAGUUUGAUGAUGAUGCAGACACAGGAAAGAAAAAGAAGAAAACUCGAGGUGACCACUUUAAACUUCGCUUCCGGAAAAACUUCCAGGCUUUGCUGGAGGAGCAGAACCUGAGUGCAUCUGAGGGCCCCAACUACUUGACAGCCUGUGCGGGGCCCCCAUCCCGGCCCCAGCGUCCCUUCUGUGCGGUGUGUGGCUUCCCAUCCCCAUAUACCUGUGUGAGCUGCGGUGCUCGGUACUGCACAGUGCGCUGUCUGGGCACCCAUCAGGAGACCCGGUGUCUGAAGUGGACUGUGUAAACCUGCCAUCAGGGAGAGGAAGCACCCCCUACCCUCCCCAACCGACCCCAGCUCACCCACAAAGAACAGAGAGAGAGGAACUACCCAUUCACCCAGCAAAGCUGUGUCCUGCCGACCAAGGAAGGCCACACAGACCCCAGGGACUGUUGUGGGGGUGGUCCAGCCCACAGAGUGCUAUGAUAAUAAAUGGCAUGGUAAAAGGAA